UGCUCGACCUCCGGUCAUCGAUGGAUACCUACACGAGGACGGGGGCUGGGGAAAGCGCAGCGCCUCCUCUUGUCCUCUACCACCAUCACCUACACCCAGCUUGAAUAUACUGAACCUCUGCACACCAUGUCCAGCGCCGCAGCGACCAAGCUCGGCGCCGAGUCCAGCGGUCGCGGGCACCUCAAUCUCGCCGACCUAUCCGUGCCCGACCUCCUACAGAAGGGCACGCCCAUGACGAAGAUCUCCGAGAAGAAAAAGAAGAAGAUGCAGGUCAAGCUCGACGCGGACCAGGGCCAGAUCGUGUAUGAGUCCUCGAAGAGCGGUAUCAUCCCCAUCGAGGCGAUCAAGGAGAUACGCUCGGGCGUGGACGCGCGCUACUACCGCGUGCAGUUCAAGAUGGAGGAGGGCUGCGAGGAGCGGUGGCUCACGGUCAUCUACAUCAUUGACGGGAAGUACAAGACGCUGCACCUGCUCGCGGACACGCGCGACGUGUUCAAGCUGUGGGACAGCACGCUGCGCAAGCUCCACUCCAUCCGCGUCGGCCUCAUGGGUGGCGUCGGGAACACGCAGAUGCGCGACACGCUUUGGGAGAAGCAGUUCUGGAAGGGUGCCGACUCGAGCGGCGACAAGACCCUUGACUUUGAGGAGAUCCGUCGUCUAUGUGUGCGCUUGAACGUCAAUGCAUCUGAGCAGGAACUACAGACAUGGUUCAAGCUUGCGGACACGAAGGGCAGCGGGAAGCUGGACUUCGAGUCGUUCCAGCGCUUCACUAAGCUGCUCAAGCGCCGUCCUGACAUCGAGAUCGUCUACGAACGCGUGAAGGCGAGCGCCGGGGACAAGUUCGACUUCGCUACCUUCGAGAAGUUCAUGAAGGAGACGCAGAAGUCUGCUCUCUCCUCCGAAGACCUGCAGAGGGUCUUCAAGGAAUACUCAACGGACGGUGUCAUGACCUUGGAUGACUUCAGAGCUUUCCUCUUCAGCGAGCAGAACACUCCCUUCUCUGAGCACGGUCUACCAAUCCACCAAGACAUGACGCGGCCGAUCUCUGAGUACUACAUGUCCUCCUCACACAACACCUACCUCGUCGGACACCAGCUGGUCGGCGUCAGUACGAUUGAGGGCUAUAUCCGCGCCUUGCUUCACGGCUGCCGUACGGUCGAACUCGACAUCUACGAUGAUGACGACGGCCCCACGGUAUACCACGGCAAGACGCUGACCUCCAAGGUCCCUGUCAAGGAUAUCUGCGAAGCUAUCAACAAGUAUGCCUUCGUGACAUCGCCAUAUCCCGUCGUCAUCUCGGCGGAGGUGCAUUGCAGCGUGCAGCAGCAGGACAUGAUCGUCGACAUCAUGAACAAGACGUUCGGCGACAAGAUCAUCAAGGCGCCGCCGGACAACAGACCGAAGAUCACUACACUACCUAGUCCGGAGGACCUGAAGGGCAAGAUUCUUCUCAAGGCCAAGAACCUGUACAUCGCCGCGCAAUUGGAAGCCGUGCAGGCCCAGCGCGCGAUCGACGAAGCAAAGGCACUCACUUCCUCCAGCUCCUCGUCCUCAUCUGACUCCGAGCCCGGCGUCCGCGGCGAGAUCCACCAGCUCAAAGCCAAAUGGCGCAAAGUCCGCGGCAAAGAAGAGAAGCCCAAACCCAAGCCGAAGAUGUCGAUGCACCUCGCGUCGCUCCUCGUGUACACAGUCGGCGUGCGCUGCCACGGGCUCGAACACAUCGAGGACUACUCGCCGGAGUACAUCUUCUCGCUGUCGGAGCGGAAGGCGAAGAAGCUGAUGGACGCGGAUAUGGCGCGGUUGGUGAAGUAUACGCAGACGCAUGUGGUGAGGAUAUAUCCAAAGGGGACGCGGUUGGAUUCGAGCAAUUAUGAGCCGCAUCUGUACUGGGCGGCGGGGGCGCAGGUGGUGGCGAUUAAUUGGCAGACGUUCGAUCUUGGAUAUAUCAUCAACCAGGCGAUGUUCCGUCGAAAUGGUGGUGCUGGAUUUGUGCUCAAGCCGCCGGCGCUACGCCCUGGUGGCGAAGAGCUUCUGGCUAAGCGCACGAAGCAUUACUUAGAUGUUACCGUCAUCUCCGCUCAGCAGCUACCACGACCGCGCGACGAGGAUGGCCACGAGAUUAUCGAGUCUUCGGCGGCGGACCCCUUCGUCGAAGUUGCGCUGCACAUCCCCGACUGGUCGCACGCGCCGUUCCUUCCCGCGAAGGACGAGGCGCAGACGACGUACUCGCCGGCCACUGAAGCAACGCAGACGGAUCGGGCUACCGCGCGCACCGUUUCGCUGCGGACGAAGGUGAUCAAGAACAACGGCUUCAAUCCGACGUGGCAGGAGGAGCUGUGCCUACCGUUCGACUGCGUCGGCGACAUGAAGGAGCUUAUCUUCGUCGAGUUUGCGGUGCGGCAGAAGGGGAAGGACGAUGAUGAUGACAGGCCACUGGCCAUGUACUGCAUUCCUCUGGGGUGCUUGGAGCAGGGUUUCCGUCACCUGCCUCUACACGACGAGCAGAUGUCGCAGUACCUGUUCUCGACGUUGUUCGUGCGCGUUGGUCUGCGCGAUGCUUGAUUAUCUGGAUGAGGGUUGAGGUUGAUGACUGGAAAACGGACUCAAAUGGACGGCACCGAUCUGUACAGUACCAUCUACCAUGUCUUGCUUAUGCGAGGAUGAAUACUGACCAUAUAUAUCUGCAUGCCCGAAUUCACCAGUGGGCGUUUAUCUUGG